GUGUGGGGAGCUUGGGCCCAUUACCACAGCUAACCCUGAGUGAUGUUACUACUAACCCUGGCAGCCCUGUUUAGCGCGCAACUUGCUCUUGCUCGGCCGGCAGCAAGCUCUCAGUGGACAGCCCAGGAGUGGGCAGCUUCAGCGGGGGAGGACCUGGAGGCGGGCAGCCAGCAAGCAACCAAGCAACAACCGCCUGGAGAAGGCAGCUUCUUAGCCUCGUCAUCAGCUAUCAACUGUACAUCAACAACAUCACAACUUGCCCCAUUCACUUUCCGUCAUCCAUCAACGCCAACGACGACGACCUUGCGGCAAACAGCUCCGCCUCUUUCUCCCACGCCAACAACAGCAAGUCGACGAUUUCACGAUACCCUCACGAUAUACUACUAGUCAACUCCAACUCUACCGCCACCACCAACUAAUACCCAAGCCGAAACCAUGCCCGGCUUCGACUUUUCCAACUACAACCGCAAUGCGGCGCUACACGCCCGCGGCGUCCCGCUGCCCAAGGCUACCAGCACAGGAACAACCAUUGUGGGAUGCAUUUACGACGGUGGUGUAGUGAUCGCCGCUGAUACCCGCGCCACAUCCGGUCCCAUCGUCGCCGACAAGAACUGCGAAAAGCUGCACUUCAUCUCCCCCAACAUCUGGUGCGCCGGCGCCGGCACCGCCGCCGACACGGAAUUCACCACGGCCCUGAUCUCCUCCCAGCUGGAGCUGCACUCGCUGUCCACGGGCCGCAAGCCGCGCGUCGUGACGUGCAUGACCCUUCUCAAGCAGCACCUCUUCCGGUACCAAGGUCACAUCGGCGCGUACCUGGUGGUCGCAGGCGUCGACCCGACCGGCACCCACCUGUUUACCGUGCACGCGCACGGUUCCACCGACAAGCUCCCCUACGUGACCAUGGGCUCCGGCUCGCUGGCGGCCAUGUCGGUCUUUGAGACGCAGUGGAAGCCGCAGCUGAACAAGGAGGAGGCGAUGAAGCUCUGCUCGCAGGCGAUCGAGGCGGGCAUCUGGAAUGAUUUGGGCUCGGGAAGUAAUGUCGAUUUGGCGGUGAUCACGGCGGAGAAGACGACGCUGCACAGAGGCUUCGUCAAGCCGAACGAGAGGACCCAGAAGCUCAAGAGUUAUCAGUUUAGGAGGGGUACGACGGCGGUGCUUAAUGAGAAGGUGAUCAAGAAGGAGGAGAUUGGGAAUUAUGUUAGUGUGGUGGAGCUGGCGGAGGAGUCGAGCGGUGACAAGAUGGAGGUUGAUACAUAGAGUGCGACGGCCGAGUGGUAUGGCGUUGUCUAUGCUGGGACGCUCCGGGCCACGACGAGGAGCGAGGCUGGAUGGACGAUCAGGACGGAUGAGAUUAGCGAUCUGGAGCUUGAGCCAUGACGUUGCUACGGGCAUACCAAAUGGCGCCUUGGGGCAUGAUUGCUAGAUAGGCAGAUCGAAACCCCUAAGAUGGGGUAAGAGAUAAUGACAGCUAGAACAUAUUUCGUUCCUUCUCCAAACAUGGUGAUGACGACCAGGACCAAUAUCAAGUCGGACUUCGUUUCAGCGUCUGUGAAGAUGACUAGGUUCGUGCAGGCAA